AUGCUGCGUGAUCCUGAAAAUAGACCUGUGAAAGUGGCCAACUGCUCUGGCUACCAUGGCGACCCAGCGUAUGAGAUGUACCGCCAGGCGACAUUGGGCGACGUCGACUUCAUCACUGGUGACUACCUUGCCGAAGUCAACUUAGCCAACAAUGCCGAGGCCUGGCGUGCAGGCAAACAUCCGGGCUACGAGGAAACGGCCUGGCAGGGACUACAGCAAACAAUCGACGUGGUUGCGGAAAAGGGUAUCCGUGUUGUAAUCAACGGGGGUGCUUUAGAUCCUAGAGCACUUGCGUUGAAAGUCGAAGCUCUAACAGCUGAGAAAAAGCUUGACAUAUGUGUGGCUUAUGUAUCAGGGGAUGACCUAUACCCUCAAGUCGGGCCUAAUAUGCCAACCAACAAAGAUGAACUGCAGCAUUUGGAUUCUGGAAACUCCUCCAUUGUCCCAUCGAGGUUGACAUAUGCGUUUAUGAAUACAACCGAUGGAAGCCCGAUUCCCAUGACAUCGGCCCAUGCAUACCUUGGGGCCCGUGGUAUCGUCGAAGGCCUGAGGCGAGGCGCACAGAUUAUCAUUUGCGGCCGUGUUGCUGACGCCAGUCCCGUGAUAGCAGCGGCCUGGUUCUGGUACGACUGGAGCGAAACGGACUACGAUAGACUUGCUGGAGCACUCAUUACAGGCCAUCUAAUUGAAUGUUCGGCAUACGUCACCGGGGCAAACUUUGCUGGCUUUGAUAAAUAUCCGGUCGAAGAUCUCAUUGCUCCUGGAUUUCCUAUUGCCGAGAUCGAGAGAGACGGUACCUGCGUCAUCACCAAACACCCGGGAACCCAAGGUGUGGUGAACACUGACACAGUAAAAUGCCAAUUCCUGUAUGAGUUGCAGGGUAACGUCUACCUAAAUAGUGAUGUUAGUGCUCAUAUUGGUGAUGUUAUUGUUGAGGAUGCUGGCAAGGACAGGUAUUGGUUAACAACACCCCGUUUUACACAAGCUCUAACGAUAGACAGAGUCCGUGUAUCUGGUAUCAGAGGGUCACCACCGCCUCCCACUACCAAACUCGCAGUUUUCUAUCCUGGAGGUUAUGAGGCCCAACUACUUUAUAAUGCAACCGGAUAUGCUACUGCUCGGAAGUGGGACCUCCUCGAGAAGCAACUCCGUCAUUUCCUCCCUGAAAGUGCCGCAAAUGACCUGGAAACACUCGAAUUCCAAAGAAUCGGAGUUCCCGACCCAAAUCCGUCCUCUCAGCUAAAGAGCACCACAUAUAUGCGCAUCUUCAUCGCAGCCCGCACAGCACAAGCGGUAACAACCGUCGCAAAGGCAAUGCGCCAUAUCUCACUGAAACACUUCUCCGGGUUCCACGCAUCCCCCGACGCGCGCACCGCCGUCCCACGCCCAUUCCUCGCAUACUAUCCCGCCAUAAUCAACCAGUCCGACAUCAACGAAAAGAUCAACAUUCUCAACGGCCAAUCCAAAACCGCAUCUUUCGACAUCCCACGCCCAAGCCAAUACGAACCCCUGAAGCCGCGCGAGAGCUACGAUCCAGUAACACCAACCAUAUACAACGGUCCUACGAAGGACAUUCGUCUCGGCGACAUUGCACUGGCUCGGUCCGGCGACAAAGGCGCAAACCUCAACUUUGGCAUCUUCGUCUCCAACCCGGCUCAUUGGGAGUGGCUCCGGUCAUCCAUGACCAUCUCGCGGAUGCGGGACCUCCUCGGCGAUGAUUGGGAUGACUCGUUCUCGAUCGAGAGGGUGGAGUUCCCACAGAUCCACGCGGUGCAUUUCGUCAUCUACGGUAUUCUGGGCCGCGGAGUCAGUAGCUCCAGCCGGCUAGACGGCUAUGGGAAGGGAUUUGCGGAUUAUAUCCGGGACAAGGUGGUUUCAGUUCCUGUUCAGUUCGACCUGAACCUAUCAACAAAACUAUAA